AUGGGAUGUGUAUGUGAGAAAUCGAAAAGAGUACAACCUGAACCAGCAUAAAUAGAAGUCCAUCCCUGCGAAACUGCUCAACCUCAAUCUUAAAAUGUGAAAUAAACCUCUCUUAAGAAACUGAAAAUACCCUAAAAGAAGAAGAAAGUAAGGGAAACCCAAAAACUGGUCAAGAGUACCAAUGAAGAUGGAGUGAAAAUGAUUAACGAUUACAUUUUUGAUGAAUUCCUUGGAGAAGGAGCAUUUGGCAAAGUCAAAUUGGCAUUCAAAAGAUCAAGUGGCUAAAAAUAUGCUAUUAAAAUCAUGAGGAAAAGUAAACUACGACGAUAAAGAGAGUAUAUUAAGGAUGCUAAGGGAAAUAUGGUGAUCAAGGAUGCUCUCUAAGAUGUAAGAAGAGAAAUUGCCAUCAUGAAGAAACUCAGACACAAGAAUUUAAUACAAUUGUUCGAAGUCAUUGACAAUCCAAACAACGAUAAACUAUUCAUGGUCCUGGAGUAUGCUGAAGGAGGACAAGUGAUCGAAUGGGAUGAUGAUGAAUGCAAGUUUUAUUAGGUCAAUGAGUCAGUUGUACUUGAUGAACCAUUACUCAAUUAGAUAUUUCGUGAUUGUAUCAAGGGUCUCAAUUAUUUGCACAAGAAUGGAGUGGUACACAGAGACCUAAAACCAUAGAAUGUUCUCUUGACUGAUAAUAAAACUGCUAAAAUUGCUGACUUUGGAGUUUCCACUAUGGUCGGCAGUAAAAAUGACGUCUUGGAUAAUACUCAAGGGACUUAUUACUUCAUGCCCCCAGAAGCUUGUGAUAAGGAUAAAGUUAAAGAUGGCUAUUCUGGUAAGGCUGCUGAUAUCUGGGCCUUGGGAAUUACAUUUUUUGCAUUCGUCUAUUUAGAUGUUCCGUUUACAGGUUCCUCUAUUCCUGAUAUACUUCACAAUAUCGCUCAUAAUCAAAUUACAUUCCCAGAAAGAAAUGAUAUUAGUGAUGGUCUCAAAGAGUUUCUCCAAUUUAUCUUAUAAAAAGACCCUAAGGAUAGACCUAAGAUACCUGAUAUAGCCAAACAUCCAUGGUUGAAUGCUUAGAAUAUGAAUCUAUGGGAUGAAAUAAACAAAGAAGAGCAAACUGACAUGGAGAUCGCGUAAGCAGAUAUAGAUAAUGCUUAUUCAUUGAGUUCGAUAAUGAUGAUUAAAAAUUGGGCAUUCAAAUGGAGAACCACCUCCAAUCUUAAAAAGAUUACAAAUAUCCAAUAAACAUAGGCAUAACCACAACAAAUCAAUUCAGAAUAGAUAAUUAAAUGA